AUGGCGGCAAUGUCGCUCCUCGCGCUGCUGCUGGCCGUCCUGGCCAUGGCAGUCUCAGCGCAGAACCCCGCUGGUACGACAAAACCUCCGCCACACUCUGUCAUCUUCCAGAGCGGAACUGCAAGAAUCCUCUUCCAUCUCUGUUGCAGGAUUCAUCAGCAUAGACUGUGGCCUCGACGACGACUCUGGCUACAUAGACCAGGUUACUCAGAUCCCCUACUCGCCGGACGAGCCCUACACCAGCGCCGGAGUGAACAGUAAGGUCUCUCCUAGCACCGAUCUGACGUCCAUCAGGCGCUACUAUGCCAACGUCCGGAGUUUUCCUGAUGGGACUCGAAACUGCUACACGCUGCGGCCGCUGGUGCGGGGCGCCAAGUAUCGGGUGAACGCGGAGUUCUUGUACGGGAACUACGACGGUCUGGGUCGGCCGCCGACGUUCGACCUGUACCUCGGCGUCAACCUGUGGGUGACUCUAACAACGGGCGACUUCAGUCGGACGGAGAUCAUUGCUGUCGCCGCCGCCGAGAGUAUGCAGGUCUGCCUGGUGAACACGGGAAAUGGGACGCCCUUCAUAUCCGCGCUCGAGCUGCGGCCCCUUCCCAAUUCCACGUACACCCUGGUCAACUCGUCCCAUUCUAUCGUCAUGCUCGAUGGUCGGAGUAACUACGGAGGCGAAGGCCAGAUCAAGUCCUCUCUCUCUCCCUAGCCGGUCUAUCUCUACCCAUCUCUCUUCCUCUUCUCUCUAAAAAACUCUCGUACAGGUACCCGGCCGACCCUUACGACCGCGUGUGGUUCCCCGUGCCACUAGGCAGAAAUAUAAGCACUGUCGCCAUAGUGGAUCCAGUGGAUGGGUUUCCUGUGCCACAGGCAGUCCUGAAGACGGCGGCGACGGCGGCGUCCCUCUCGGAGAGCUUAAACAUCACCAUUCCCGGGAGCCCAGAGGAUCACACCCACCUGGUCAUGUACUUCGCGGAGCUCCAGCAGCUGGGGGGCAACGAGACCAGGGAAUUCAAAAUCUAUCAGGGCGACAGUCCGUUCUACGGCCCGGUAAGACCAAACUUCCUGAAGACGCUGGUUACCUACACGCGUCCGCCGGGCCAGCCGGGGGGACUGACCUACUCCCUCCGGGCCACGGCCAACUCCACUCUGCCCCCCAUAAUCAACGCUCUCGAGACGUUCGCCAUGAGAGAGCUAACCUUGAAGCCGACCGACGAGGACGAAGGUGACACCCUCUGGCUUCUUCCCUCUGGAAUAUCUUUAACACAAACAGUUAUCUUCAAGCUUCCAUAGAUCGAAGUCUCAUUCAUGAGAUUCAUCAUAAAUUCUGAUACACUCUGGUCGUGAUAUCACCCCACAAGAGGAAUAACCUAGGGGAUCAGAAACCCAGUCUAGUACUGAAAUGCAGAAUUAUUACUUUCUUCUUUUCAUCGAUCAUACAUGAAAAUGGGUGUAAUGGGCGUAAAUUAUUCUUCACGCAUUAUCUUUGUCAAGACUGUAGCUGUUCUGCAUUCUUACUCUUGCUCACCCACAUGGAUGACAGUGGAGGCCAUUUCAAAGCUCAAGAACUUGUAUAAAGUUAAAAGGAACUGGGAUGGCGAUCCGUGUGUUCCACAAAACUUCACCUGGGAAGGCCUGGAAUGCAGCGCCAAUGCCUCUAAUUACUGGAGGAUAACCUCGUUGUGAGUUCUGACAGUAUGAUCAACUAAAUUUCUUUUCUAAGCAACCAGGCUUGAAAUUAUAUGGCAUCGAAGAAUGAAAUUAUCUUGGCUUGCAGAAACCUGUCUCACAGCGAAUUGGGCGGCGGAAUCCCUCCUUUUAUAGCCAACCUCACAAACUUAGAAUCCUUGUAAGUUCAUUUAAAAUUCUUGAAUGUGCUUUCCUCGUCCUGUUUUCACCAAUAUUCUAUAGAGCAUAAAAAAACGGCAAUCUAAAGAAAAUCCAUGCCUCCUUUUUUCAUGGCAAAUAGGAGUUUGUGUUUCUCUGAUGUAGCAAGAAUGAAAGGUUUCUCUCAAAGCUAAUACAUUCCAAGCAAGAAAGUGAAUAAUUUUACACCUUACACUCCUCUACUCCUUUCAGGGAUUUAUCGUAUAACAACUUUACAGGUGAAAUACCUGCUUACAUAGAGAAUCUAUCAGCGCUCAAAAUCCUGUAAGUUUUGAAACUUUGAUCUCUCCAGUUUUGUUCUUCAUAAAGGGAGUAUCUGAUGGUUAACUAUUCUCUGUUUGCAGGAACUUGGAAAGCAAUAAUUUGAACGGAACUAUUCCGAAAACUCUUUACGAAAGAUCGCAAGAUGGAUCACUACAAUUAAGGUUAGCUUUGCAUCCAUAAUCAGUGGAUAAUAUGAUUCUGUAUAAGAAAUUUCAAACAUAAAGUUAUGCUAACAAGGGUAAAAAUAAAAUAAAAUCUGAAAAAAUCUAUAAACCUUGAUUAUGUCCCAUUGUUGUGUUGCUCCAAACUCCAAGUUUCUUAUCCACCAAGCCACACAAAAGAUAUGAGAAAAUUCAUUGAUGCAAAGCCUUAAUGUAGAUGAUAGAAAAAAUUCAAACAUUGAUAGUACAGAAGCACUUGCCAAGAUUGUUUCUUCUAACUAGCUUUCUAUGCGUUCAUUUCAUAAAAUUAGUCAAGAUAAGACCGAUACUGUGUAUUAUCCCAAUUAUUUUUAUUUUCCGAAAUAUGAUCCUUACAAAUAUCCAAAGCAUUAAUUACUGACUUUUCCCCAUAGCUGGAAAAAAAAACAGGCGCCUGGUUAGAAUUAGAGCAUCAAACAUGACUGUGUCACAUGCAUCUAGUAGAAAGGAAAAUAAUAACCUCUCACUAAACACUUGAUCAUUAUUUAACUUUGCCUAAUCGUUCUGUAAAGCUUGGAUAAACAGUAAGUUCAGGAAUGGAUGAUAUAUUUACCCUAUUCUGACACCUAUGAUGUUAUAAUUUUAGGAUCAAAAACAAUCCAAUUCUAUGCAGCACAGUGAGUCUCUGUGAAUCAACAACAACAACAAAGAAGAAAAAGAUUAUCAUUCCCAUUGCAAUAGCUAUUUCCGCCUCCUUUCUACUACUUCUGAUCGUCACCAUAAUAUGUAUCCGGAAAAGAAGAAGAGCGGAGAAAACACAAAACCCUACACAAGGUAUAUAUCUAUAACUUCUGUUACUUUUUAACUUCAUCAAGUCUACAUCAACACUUGUUUGAAGCCCAAUCAUACUGUUAUCUUAACAUUAUAUUUUAUUGCAGUAGAAUUAUACAGGGAGCAACGAGGAGGGGAUGGUAACCGCCAGUUAGUGGGGAAUGAAAAUAGGCUGCUUUCUGAAAGUGACCAAUUUUCAACAUCUGAUGUAGUAAAUAUCACAAAUAAUUUUGACCGACCAAUUGGAAGAGGAGGUUUUGGAACUGUCUACUAUGGUCGUUUAAAAGAUGAAACUGAAGUUGCAGUGAAAGUACUUUCUACAUCAUCAACACAGGGAGCGAAGGAGUUUAGAGCUGAGGUAACUCAUAGUGACUGAAAACGAAAUCCCAAUUGUAGAUAAAUUAUAUUCUACUUAGAACUGAGGCAAGGCCCAGUGCUUAUUUGUUUGUAUGCAUAAAAAUGACAUGUAUCUUGGAAUUUCAGGCUCAACUCUUGAGGAGAGUACACCAUAAAUAUCUAGUAUCAUUGUUAGGAUAUUGUAAGGAUAACCUAGCACUGCUCUAUGAAUUCGUGCCUCAGGGUUCCCUUGCAGAUCACCUCUCAGGUUCUCCUACACGAAACACUCUUUACAUAUGAGAAAAAUGCCAUGUUUCUCACUGAACCUUCUUUAUUUUGUACGCCUCUCAAGUUCUCAUAUGUCAAUCAAUCAUACACAGGUGACUCUGCCAAUAUUAAUAUCUUAAGUUGGAGAGCACGACUCCGCAUAGCACUUGAAGCCGCACAAGGUCCGUUCUUCAUACAUCAUUGAUCUUUCUUCCUCUUACCAUUUCUUAUGUUUUAUUCUUGUAAUGAUAUAUGAUGGUCAUAUUUUAAUUUCCAGGACUUGAUUAUCUGCACUGUGGUUGCAAGCCACCCAUUGUUCACAGAGACGUCAAGCCUUCAAAUAUCCUCUUAACCAACAACUUUGAAGUCAAACUAGCGGAUUUUGGGUUGUCCAGGUCUUUCACAAAUGAAGAGGCUACUCACAUAUCAACUUUAAUUGCAGGAACUCCUGGAUACCUUGAUCCUGAGUACGUCAUAGAAAAUUCAUCUUUUGUUCAUAGAGGCAAAGGAAUAGCCUCAUCUUGAGCAUUUUCUCAAUUUUUCGUAUUCUUUCUGUGCAGGUAUUACAAAACAAGUAGGUUGAAUGAGACAAGUGAUGUUUACAGCUUCGGGAUCGUACUACUAGAGCUUGUAACAGGAAAACCACCAAUUGCUAACGAUUCCAAGAGAACUCACAUAACUCAGUACGUGCAGUCCAGAUUGGAAAGAGGAGAUGUAGCCGAUAUUGCAGAUCAAAGAAUGUGUGGUGACUACGACGUUAAUUCCAUAUGGAAGGUAAUAGAGAUCGCACUGUCAUGCACAUCACCCAACUCUGGCGAUAGACCAACUAUAAGCACUGUGGUUGUCCAAUUAAAGGACUGUCUAGUAGUUGAAUCAUCUGGGGACUUCCCAGAUUAUACUACUACAGAUACAAUGGCUAUUCUUCCUCCCAAUUCAUUUGCAAGCAUUAGCCCAUCUGCAAGAUAG